CUGUCUGGGAGGUAAACACUUCUAUGUUUAAGAGUGACGUACAAAUUGCUACAGUUCUUCUAUCUAGAUUAAACUUCAAAAGGAAAGAAACAGGUGUCGAAAAACCUACACUACAGCGUCUUAAUUGUUUCAUUAUAAGGCACAGACUACAACAGCAAACCAGCGAUUGUACCACGAGAUGUCUACGCUGUUUUCGUUUGCGCACCCUGCUGUUAAGAGAAUACUUGGUUGGAAGCAAGGCGACGAGGAGGAAAAAUGGGCCGAAAUUGCAAUUUCAUACUUGGCUAGAAGGCUCAAAAAGAAGAAAGGUGCUAUGGAGGAGUUGGAGAAAGCGCUUUCCAAUCCGAGUCAACUAUCACAAUGCGUUACUCUCCCUCGAGGCACCGAUGGACGAAUUCAAGUUCGUCACAAGAAAGGGUUGCCUCAUGUUAUCUAUUGCCGCAUUUGGCGAUGGCCCGAUCUCCAGAGUCCUCACGAAUUAAAGGCACUGGAUUGUUGCGAAUAUGCUUUUGGUUUAAAAAAGAAAGAAGUCUGUAUCAAUCCUUUCCACUAUAGUCGCGUGGAGAGCCCAGUGUUACCUCCAGUGUUGGUGCCACGGCAAAGUGAAUACCCAAAACCUCAACCACCCUUACCGCCCCCAUUUCAAAGUGCAGCAGAACCUCCAUUGCCAUACAAUGCUUGUUUCCCUUUCAAACAACAAGCACGUAGGCCUGAGGGCAGCAUGAACAUGUACAUGGCAGAGUCACCCAAAAGUUAUAUAUCAGAGGAUGCAGAAUCACCAUGUCCUACAGACCCAAAUACUAUGGAUGUAGAUGUUGUUGGAUCUCUGCCAACAAUGGUGAACCAACCAUAUUUAUCUCAUGUUACUCCAGUAAGCUAUCAAGAACCAAUAUCAUGGUGUUCUAUUUCCUACUAUGAGCUGAACAACAGAGUUGGAGAUCAGUUCCAUGCUUAUCGUAACAGUAUCAUGGUAGAUGGAUUCACAGAUCCAAACACCAAAAACUCAGAAAGAUUCUGUUUAGGUCAAUUAACCAAUGUCAGUCGUAACUCAACCAUUGAGAGUGCAAGGCGACAUAUUGGAAAAGGUGUGCAUCUGUACUACGUGGGCGGAGAGGUUUUUGCUGAAUGCCUCAGUGACUCUGCCAUCUUUGUGCAGAGUAGAAAUUGCAACAACAGCCAUGGUUUUCACCCUACAACAGUGUGUAAGAUUCCUUCAGGCUGUACCUUGAAAAUUUUCAACAACCAAGAAUUUGCACAGUUGCUUUCUCAGUCUGUUAAUUAUGAUUUUAAGGCUGUAUACGAUUUGGUAAAGAUGUGUUCCAUUCGGCUGAGUUUUGUCAAAGGCUGGGGGGCUGAGUAUCAUCGCCAAGAUGUUACAAGUACACCAUGCUGGAUUGAAAUUCAUCUGCGUGGUCCUCUGCAAUGGCUUGACAAGGUGCUGACUCAGAUGAAUACAGAAGGAAUGAAUUCAACAAACUCAUUUGAUUGAUCUCUGUAAUCUUAUAUGUUGUUCCAGGAAAUAUCCAUGCAUUAACACGAAUCAAGUUUUGGUUUAAAAGGUCCCCCCUUUCCCUGACUCUGAACAAAUUCCUUUGCCUCCUCUCCCCCUCCCUUACCACCACAGGCAUAGUUGGGUUAAGUCACUGCCCCUUCCAUAAUCAUCUGCCCUCUUGAGUGGUGUAAUUCUUUUCCAAUCAAAUAUAUUGACAAUCAAACUUGUUUUCUAUAUAUCUGGUCAGAGAAAUGUAAGAAAUCUGCAAAUAAUUGCUUCUUAAACAAUAGCUGAAGAUAACUCAUACUGAGUAAAUUAGUGGGAAAGGAUUGUUUGCUUUUGGUCAAGCUUGUAAGAGGUAAUUACUAUAAGGGUGGGCAUGGAUGUUUCCUGG